GUACCCGGGCAGAUCACGAAACCCUGGAACCCUUUGUUUGAACGCAGGCGCAUCCACCUAUCCCCCACUACUGCGUCACGACCGAAAGUGAAAGUAUUCCUGCUUUCUUAAAUCGGGAUCUGGGAAUUCUGGGAAUAACCACGACAGAUCUGUGCGAGAUUUGGGGUUAUACUUUAUAGAACCGUGUCUGAGACCUACAUAAGAAACUUAGGAUCAAGACUGGAGAGGCUGCGGUCACUGAUCUGAGCACAAAUCACGGGUAAAUGGGAUUAAUGGACGAAAUGCUGAUGUUUUUGAUCAUCGUGUUGCUCUGGCCUCAGCUCACUCAGGGCUCAGAUUCUCUCCCUGUAAAAGUUGCUAACACUGCGGUCAUAGGGAGGCUUGGUUCCUCUGUGGUUCUUCCCUGUUGGCUCAAUCCUUCAUUGGACGUUAGAACCAUGGAAAUUCGUUGGUACCGUCCACACAAGUUCAACAUCCCUGUCUUGUUCUACCGUGAGCAGAAGAUCAUGACGGACCCCCAGGAGGAGAGCUACAGGAACCGGAGCUCUCUGGCCCUGCGUGAACCUCAGUCGGAUGGGCUGAAAGGAGGAGACUUGUCCCUGAGGCUGGAUAACCUGAACAUAGAUGAUGAAGGGACUUUUCACUGCUACGUGAGUGGGGACAAAGGAUAUGGCUCUGCUGAUGUGACUCUCAGUAUAACUGCUCAAGGCUCUUCUCCUGUCCUUUUGGUGCAGCCCAAGGAUGACUUGAUGAAUGUUAGCUGUAGCUCCUGCGGGUGGCACCCACAACCCCGUGUUGAGUGGAAGUCUAACAGGACUACUUCCUUUCGUCCUGUAGCUCUCGUCUACAGUCAAGGGGAAAAUAAACUGACCUGUGUCCAGAGCUGGGCCCUCCUCUCCCCUUCUGACUUUCACCAGGUCUCUUGCUCUCUCUUUAUUUCUGAAGGAGAUGAGAGGGAAAGCACUGUGGCCAUUCAGACCAUUUCUCGCUUAAUGGAUUCUGCGGAAGAUGGUGCUGCAUCCUGGAAGGCCCUGUUUGCUGUGGCACUGUUAGUGGCAUUGGCCAUGAUUGGCGUCAGUGUCUUCCUCUACAGAAAAUAUAAAUCAGGAUACAUGCGGGCUAAAGCAGAUGAAGAGCAACUUACAGUUUGCAGUAACCCAAACAUGGAGGACUUGAGAAAACAUGCAGUGAGCAUCACUUUAGAUUCUACAAACAUCUGCCCAGAUCUAGUCAUUAUUCCUAAUCGCAACAUGGUAAGAGAUCGUGCCAGUGCUGCAGACAACCACAAAGGACCUGGUUUUCCAUACUAUUUAUCUGUAUGUGGAAUCAAGGGACUCAGCUCAGGUUGUGCAUAUUGGGAGGUGAAAUUGACAGCAGCUCAAAUAAAGCCCAAACAGUCGUGGCUCAUUGGAGUUACUAAAGCUGCACAUUACUUAAGUAAUGAUAAGAGUGAUCUUACCCCUUCAAAAGGUUUUUGGUUUCUUUGCUCAGAUGAACAAACUGGUCUCCAUAUCAAUACAGAACCUGAAAUUUCACUCCCAGUAAAUUCAAGGCUUGAGGUUGUUGGAGUUUUACUACACUAUGAGAAAGGCGAGCUUUCAUUUUACAACGCUAAAGAGGGUGUACAUCUCUUCACUAUGAAAACCAAAUUCCAGGGAGAGAUUGUGCCUCUCUUUAACCCAGGAAUAGGAGAUGAAGCUCCACUUACUAUCAUUAACCUCCCUGAAUCCAGCACACAGAGGAAUGGGGCCAGUGAAUCUGCAGAGAGUGCUAGUCCUCAAGCUAACGUCGCAUAGGCCAAAAUUAAAUUUUGGGUAUCCCUGUGAAAAAGAGGGUAGGCCACCAAGGUAGGUUUCAAACACAUAUUCCCACAAUGUCAUAACAUCUACCUACAGCCUAUUACUGACAGCACUGUAAUCGUCUGGCCCAAUCCAUAUGGUGCUACAAACAAUAGCAAGACUGUGUACACAUCAACAAGACUACAUUUACAUAAACCCAACACUGCAGCACCCUUCACUGGAAAGUUCGUGUCUGCUCACCACAUGCAUUUUUGCUCAGUGAAGAUAACCGAGUACACAUAAGAUGACUAAGCAAGGAAACAUAUAACUCUGUUAACAUUCAGUAUUCAACUCUUGACAACUCAACUCUUCACAACCUCUCAAAAUGAUCUAGCAAUGAAGCAAUGCAUUUGUGAAUAGAUUUUGGUGUACUGGAUACCGUCAAACUUGCGUCUGGAGUGCCUGUAAAUUUGGGUAUAAUAGUUUUAUCAACCUGAUAAAAAUGCUUGAUUUGUAGUUAACUAAACAAAACUAUUACGAAUAUCAUCUAUAAGGAUGAAUAAAAAUAGAAAAUUAAAAAUAUACUAUUUAUUUGUGCACAUGCCAGUCCAGUACAACAUUGGAAGUACUUAUUUAACAAGCACAUUAAUAUAAACCAGGGGUCACCAACCCUGGUCUUCGAGAUCUACCUUUCUGCGGAGUCUGGUUCCAACUCUAAUCCAUCACACCAGCUCCAGCUAAUUAACCCGUUCAAAAGUCCUCAGUUGAACCAAUGUGGAUUACCAUGGUCUUAAACCAGUACCAGACACUUACAUAUCUUGAUCUAGAUGUCAUAAAUGAAGCCCACACCUUGACUGUGAAAGAAUAUGUGAAACACUAUGGCGAGGCUAUAUGUAAAUAAGGUUGUGCAUUAGUUUGUUUUGAGCCUCUAAGCCCCAAUGUCAUGCUUUAGAAACCAAUGACAUGCUUGUUUGUUGUUGGUUUUGUAUCAGAAUACUAACCAGUUGUUUUUAUGUUUUUAUAUUUCUGUAUUUCAUCAACUAAUUUUAGCAUAUUAUCCAGAGCUCAUUUGAGGUUAGCUAUAAAGAUUCAGACUCCAGGACAGUAAAUUUACACGUUUAAGCCUCCCCUGCGGAAAAUAGACCACUUUGCUCUUUUUAGCUGGUUUCUGAAUGGUGAGUAAAAAGUGCAAGACGGAGAACAAACUGUCUAAAUGUCAUUUUAGAGCUCUAAUUACAUUUUGCAGCUAAGUAAAUGUUGGAGACCUUAUAAAGGGUAGAUCACGGACAUAUUGUGUCUGAUAUUUGAACGCUCGGCACUAACAUUAUAGCAAACUGCUGGACUGUAGCUAAUGUGACACUAAGCUAACAUAAGCUAACAUUAAAUUUUGCAUUAAAGUUUGCUUGAAUUAAACUGAGAUUUUCAUGGAAAUUGUGGAGUGGAAUGACCCACUUGGUAAAGUGUUUCUCUCAGCAUGUAAAUGUGAUUUUUGUUGAAAACUGAAUUCAUUCUUUUCUCUAUUGCUGAUAUGUGUUUAAUUAUAAUCCAGUUUUUGUAUCAGGUUUUCAUAUUGAGUGGUUUGUAAUCUGUAAUCAGUAAUUACACUACAUUUAUACUAAGCUAUAACGCAUUACUUUAUAUAGCUUUAUAUAUCUGAACAGUCAGAUUUAAGGUUUAUUUCACUACAAUUAGUUCAACAAUUUAAAAACACUGUGUGAUGAAUUUUGUAAACAUUUUGCUGCAGUUGUAAUUUUUUUGUAUAUGCACUCAUAUUUGUGAACUUUGCUUACAUUAGAAUCUCUGACAGAAUAAACUCACAUUUGUUGAAUAUAGUGUGAAAAAUAAAGUGUGAAAUGUAGCCUUUGAAUAAAUACACUACACCAAUAAAUAAUUGUGGAAUAAACUGUUGAAGUGCUAAAUGAUCA